GUCCUUUUUUCAUUUCUCAUUUAGAAAUACACAAACACAUACAUACACACACCCACACAUCAGUAAUUCAUCAGUCGAGUCGCGAACAAACUGCUUCGCGAGUUUCUUCAUUAGCUAGUACAGCUAAGGUGAGCCGUUAUGGGCCGCGCUUCGUCGACUGUCUUCCGCUCUUCUGUCCAAUCCCCUCUUUUUCCUCCCUUUGUUGUUUUUCUGUGUUUCUCUCGUCACAUUUUUCGGCGGCUGCGUUGGGUCUUCUAAGGUUUAUUUGUUGCUUUCCCCCUUUUGCGGAGAGCCGCGUCUGCGCUUUCAGCACGACACACACACAGUUUUCCAAACGCUGUUUUUGUUUUUGCUCUCUUCGUCGUGGGGGGGGGGGGGUAUUUCAUUUGACGGACACCCACUCCGCGUCUUUUCUUCUCUUCCUUUUUUUUUUCGUACUUUGCCCCGCUGCACCGAAAUUGCGGUGUCGAUUUAUUUGUUAGGAUGUUUCUUCGUAGUGUGUGGCGAUUCUGUGCGAAGGGCGGCGUGGCUGCCGGCGGAGCAGCAGCGACAGCAGCCGGUGCGUCUUCUUCCACCGCAGCUGCGGAGGACAGCACCCGCGGCUCCGCCUCACCCGUCGCCGUGUCGGCCUCCACGUCGUGGAUGGCGGCCGCUGCGUGGGCGAGCCUCGGCAACGAGUUCAAGGGCGUCGCCGAGGAGAAGUUCCUGAAGCUGGUUCCGGACCACUUUCUCACUCCGCGAGCCACGACGGACAUCCAGCCUGUCGAGGCCCUGCUGUCGAAGUUGGUGGAGGAGAACGCGGAACGCUACAAAGGCAUAGACGUGCGCGACCCGUCUUCGAUGGCCGUCUACGAGGGUGAGCGUCCGCGUUGGAUGACGAUGGGCGGGCAGGUGCGCGCUGUGUCAGAGUUUAUCUCCGGCCACCUGUGCCACCACAUCUCCCUCCCCGAGUGGAAGGACUUGUUCGACUUGGAGUACGCGGAGAUGGACCUGACGUAUUGGCUAUACGUACUCCACGUGCACCUGGUGAGCCGCCGGGCAACGAGCAUCCCAAUUGAGAAGUUCAACCGCCGUCGCGAGGUGCUGGAGGAGCUGCUGGUGACCAUGUUUGAUAGCUGGACCGCCACCUCGGAGGACAUCAUGGGCCGCCCGCCGCUGAACAAGAUCAAGUACUACAUUCGAGACAUGUACUACGUGACGGCGGUGAACUUCGAGGAGGCGCUGCUGCACGACGGCCCCGGUGCGGAUAUGAUGCUGAUGGGCUUCCUCAUGAAGUUUUGCCCCCUGCCGCGGCCGGAGGACGUUCCUGUGUACACGUACUACACGUUGGUGCACUACGUGCGCUUUCACACCGCCCUCUUCGACCGCAUUCCAGAUGAAGAGUUUGCGAAGGGCAACUUUAACUUCUUGAGUCCGACGGACCCGCUGAUCUUUGACAAGUAUAGCGAUGUGGCGUACGAUGAGGUCAUCCGGGGCUGGACGGUGGAGGAGAGCGAGCGCGAAGAGGCCGACGCAACGCAAGACAAAGCAGCAGCGUCAUCCUAA